UAAAAGGAGGACAGGCAUUUAAGAAUUGCCUUGCUCGUGAAUCAGAGGAUACUACUUCCUAUGACUUAUUGUUAAAACAUCCUUUCGAUUUCACUUCUGGAAAGGACACUGCUUGCUGUACACCUACUAAUUGUUAUAGUAAUGUUGGGGAUUGCCCUGAUAAUUGGAUCGAAAUUUUUUCUUGCGUUAAAUUUUCUCAGGGAACAUAUUGUAGAGCUACAUUCUUUUGUGGCGGUAUGAUAGGAGAUAUGUUGAUUACUAAUGAUGCUAUUAAAACUAUUCAUGGUAUUUGUCCUAAUAGCACUACUGAAGAUAUGCUUAUUGAGAGUGUUCAAAUAGUACCACUUGUGCAGAUUCAACCUGCGACUGAGAUAAUGGUGGAUGAACAUGUUUUCCUUGGUUCUAGUUCAACUGUUAUUGCUAGUUCCUCAGUAGAUUCCAUCUCUACUUCUUCAACUUUUAUUUUACCUCCUUCUGAUUCUCCUUUGAUUAAUUCUGAUAAUCAAAAUGACCAUCAAACCGAAAAAAUUGCUAUUCCAGUAGGAGCAGUGGUAGGGGUUGCUACAGUUGGAGGAAUAUCCUACCUAAUCUAUAAAAAAAGAAAGAAAAAAAAUGAUCGUCUUUCUAACGAACACACAAACAUUGACCUAGUAGAAAUAGACAAUCGUGAAUCAGAGGCCAAUGAAGUUGUUGAUAAUAAUUUUGAGGAAAAUCUUGAUAAACAACAAGAAUUUGAACAACUUAUCAGACAGACCAAGCAUAAAAUAGGUAGAAAGUUAGAGGUGCCUUUAGAAACUUUACUCGAUGCCCAAACGGAAAUUGCUAAGGGUAAUAAUAAUUUUACUAUUAGACAGUUACAACGAGAAGCUAAAGAAAAGUUAUUGACUAAACUAAGUGGUGAAGAAAUUAAUAGUCUUUGUCAAUUGCAAAUUCUAGUUGCUGGAUUAGGAAUUGGAAUUUAUUUCUUUACUAGAAGUAAUAAUUCCUCUGAUAAUCCUAACAUUCAAUAUCUCCCUAGUGAAGAAGAAGCUCAAACUAAAAUUAACCAAAUUAAAUCUUCCAAGGAAAUAGAUGAUCAGCAAGCCACUAUUGAAUUCUUAAGUGCUUAUGUUCCAGAAAUUAAAUGGUGA